AGAAGAAGACAAACAUAAUAUUCGAAAGAUGGCGGUGAUCAAGGAAAAAGAUGGGAGACCAGGGAAACAGCCAGGAAAGGAAUCUCAGCCUUUGAUUAUAGCCAAAACUCCAGCAGAGGAGCAACGCCUGAAAUUGGAGAGAUUGAUGAGAAACCCUGAUAAACCUGCUCCUAUCCCAGACCGACCGAAAGAAUGGAACCCCCGGGCUCCUCCGGAGUUUGUGCGGGAUGUGAUGGGCUCCAGUGCAGGAGCUGGCAGUGGAGAAUUCCAUGUGUACAGACACCUUCGCAGGCGAGAGUAUCAGAGACAGGACUUCCUGGACAAGAUGACUGAGAAGCAAAAGAUGGAUUUGGACUAUCUUGACAAGGUGUCAGAUAACCAACAGGCAGCUGAUGAAAGAACAGCCAAACGCAGGAAGAAAAGGGAAAAGCUGAAGCAGAAGAAGCUUAUGGCAAAAAAAGCCAAGCAGGAUGCCAACAAAGGGGAAGAUUCUGAGAAGUCCUCCUCCAGCAGUGAAGAGGACGACCAGGAGAGGGAGGCUGAGGAUGAUGCAGAGGCGCCCAGUUUCGUCAUGGGCAAGAGAUGAAUGCAUGGCUCCGGGUCAUGAGACAUGCUCCAAGACGAAAUUGAACGGUGGGACAACAUCUAAUACCAGUUCAGAAGUCAACACAGCCAAGCAACACAGCCUAGCUUUGAUCAAUAUCAUGGAUUUGAGACAUUAUCUGAGAGCGAACCAAGGGAGAUAAGCCUCUGUUAGGUAACUGCUGUUCUUCCCAACUUGUGGUUGUAGUUAGAUUCUUUGAAUUGAGGAUGACAAAGCUGGGUUGUAUUCAUUAGGCACCAAAUGGUCUGUAACAGGGAGGUACUACCUGAACUUGAAAUAAGACCUGCUCAUUUUUGUUUUUCGUUGCAAAAACCUUUUGCUACAGUGUGCCCUGAUGAAUAGGAUUAUCAAGGUGUUAAUUUCAUGCAUGUCUCUACUUUGAAACUUGUUGUGUGGUAGCGUCAUUUCUCACAUUGUAUUUUAUACUAUGCUUGUGUAUAUAUUUUUCAUAAACAUCUGGGAAGAAUUGGGCCUAUAUUUGCUGUAUUUUACCCCAAUAGAAUCUUCUGGAAUGUAUUACUAAAUGAUAACCCAAUUUCACUAGAUAUACAAUUACUUUAGGUAGCACUUUCAAGCUAUUUCCACAAUGUUGAGCAGGACAUAAUACUCAUAGGGGUCACUCCACUCAUUCCACCCUCCAUGUGAAAUUAAUUUGGGGAAGGAUAAUAGAAUUGGUCUAGUAUUUGUACCAAGAGUAGUCUAGUACUAGUAUUUGUAGUCUUUAAUGGAAUGAGUUUUGAACUAGUUUGAUGGUAAGGCAUACCUUGACUUGCAAAUCGGCUAUUGGCGGUUCCAUUGUACAACAAGAUUGGUGUAAUGCUUUAUUUUCCUUCCUCAAAUAUGUGUAUUGUUGGUUGCCAAGGACUAUCACCCACAGUUACUCAGUUUUCAUACCUGCCAGACCGGUUCGGUGGCUAUUGUCAAGGGUCCUCCAGUGACGUAUCUCUACAGUUUUACA